AUGCUUGGAGUGCGUGUUCGUGGUGGAAGUGGCCAUGGUCGUGCUCGCGAUGGCCCUGGUGGGGCAGUGGGUCGUCGUAAGAAAAAGGAAAGAAAACCAGACUUCAGAGUUGAAUGGGAGAAGAAGUCCGACCAUGUUCCAAGACCACAACAAUUCACCGGCAAUCCUGGUCCCACCGACGAUUUCAGCGGCCUCUCUGCGGUGCAGAUACCCUUUUUCCCGGACGUUAGCUUCCUAUCAACUGACAGUAGCCGCAUCCUGGACGAUAUUCCAGAUUUGGCUUUUGAUUCUGUGGGAGGUACAUUCAGCCGCCCAAUGCCGGAUCCAGAACCCAUUCCUUGGUCGCCAGCACUGCCGUCAAGCACACCACUGGCCAUGCACAGGGGACAGAGGCAUGAAGAGAAGAUGACAAAGAUGGCUAGUCAGCUCAACGACAUCUGGGAGUGGUUGCAGGACUGGAGGUCCCUGCAAACUUUUCCCCCUACUUUGCCAUAUAACCAAACUGCACGUCAAGCAAGCCCCCCUGCCCCAACAGUGACUAGCCCUACCCAGCCAUUGAGCUCCCCUGCCCAGCCGCCGAUCCCUGCUACCCAGCCAUCCAACAUCAGACCCCCUGUCCUGCCUACACUGACCACCCCUUCCCAGCCGUGGAGGCCCCCAACCCAGCCAUUGAGGCCCCCAACCCAGCCAUUGAGGCCCCCAACCCAGCCAUUGAGGCCCCCAACCCUGCCGGUGAGCCCCCCCACCCAGACUGUGAGGCCCCCAACCCAGCCGGUGAGGCCCCCAACCCAGCUAUUGAGCCCCAGGCCCCCAAUCCUGCCUGUAAACCCCUCUGCACUCCCCUCAGCAUCUCUUUCACCGUCAACAGUUUCAAAUGCAAGAGACAAUUCUACCUCAAUCCCAAAUUAUGCUCUGUCUCUUGUACGGAAACUGUUUACGGAGGAGGAGAUGAAGGGGGGAAAUUGUAGGGGGGUCAAGGGCAAACGUCCAUUAGACCCAAGCCGACUGACGAUGGUGAGACAAGAGGUCUUGAAACAUCCUGAAGUUGUGCCCGGCAAGUUCCCAAACUUCUGGAAAACUAUCUGCACACGGGCAAUCGACGAAGAAUGUAGAAGACUAAAUAGAAGCAACAAAAGUAUGUAGUGAUUAGUUAAAUUUGUAUUUGCUAGAGAUUUAAGUAGUACAUGUAGUAAUUAGUAAGAUUUGUAUUUGCUCGAGAUUUAAGCAACAUUGUUGCUUACAUUUAGUGAAAUGUCAUAUUUUAGUAUUUCAUUGUUUGUAUAUGCUAUUGUUUUGCAGGCUUUUUUUACUACUACCUAAUGAAUUUACUAAUUAGUCUUACUCUUUAAGUAUUUUAUAUGAACUCAGAAUAUUUUUUUAUCUGUCUUAUGAGCUUUUGUAUGUUUCUGUUAUUAUUCCAACAGUUCUGGAUAUUUUGCCAGAUACAAUGUACAUGUCACAGUAUUGACAUGAUAUUUCCAAUUUAAGUUUCAUCAUCAUGUAUAUAAGAAUGAAGAUCAUUGUAGUUUAGAGUUGCUUCAGUCGAACACUGAUAAAAACAGCACUGUUAAUACAACAUCCUGCUUAAGUCAAGGAAAAGUUUAAGUCCCAAGUCUUUGUUUUUCUUUGUUUUCAAUACUGUUGAUUUAAGCUGGCUAAUACCAAGUUUGUUUAUUGAGAAUUUUUUUUUUCUUAACAAGUUUGUCAACUGAACCUCAAAUUUAAAUUGUUAAGAGGAUAUAACUGUACAUCUUUACCUUAUUGACAUUUUGGUAACACAAUUUUCAGGAGAAUGCAGAAAUAAAUUAAAGAAUUUCCACUUAAA